UGAGAACAAGGCCCUGGACCUGCUAGAGCGGGUGGCAGCUUGGCUGGUCGCAGAGGGCACCGGCUGCUACAGGAAUUUGCCGAGGGACCCCGAGGCUCGUGAGCAGGGACCCGCAGGGCGGGUUAUGCUCCGGGCUUGGAUCGCCGCGGACAACUGGACACUCAGGAGAGGACCAUGGGAGAUUCGCAGGAUGAUUACGAGGAUGAGAUGGAGGAGAUCCUGGAGCAGGAGGAAAAUGGGGAGCUGGAGGACACUCUGGAGGACACUCUGGAUUAUGGAGGCCCAGGUGUUCUCGUGUCCUCGGUGGGGGAACCAGCAGCUCCCCUCACAGAGCCAACAGACACAGACUACCACACCACAUCGCACCCAGGCACCCACGAGGUCUACGUGGAGCUGCGCCAACUGGUGAUGGACGAGAAGAACAAGGAGCUGCAAUGGAUAGAGGCAGCACACUGGGUGCAACUGGAGGAGAACCUGGGGGAGGACGGAGCCUGGGGCCAACCACACCUGUCUUAUCUCACCUUCUGGAGCCUCCUGGAGCUGCAGAGCGCCUUCACCAAGGGGACCAUCCUUCUGGAUCUGCCAGAGACCUCUCUGGUCGGGGUGGCCAACCAGCUGCUGGAUGUGUUUAUCUAUGAGGAGCAGAUCCGGCCUCGGGACCGAGAUGAGCUGCUUCGGACCUUGCUGCUCAAACACAGCCAUGCCAAAGACCUGGAGGACCUGGGAAGUGUGAAGCCCGUGGUUCUGACACGCUCUGGGGACCCCCUCGAGCCUCUGCUCCCCCAGUACCCGUCACUGGAGACACAGCUCUUCUGUGUGAAGGGAGACAGGGGCACAGAAGAGCAAUUGUCAUCUGGAAUUCUGGAAAAGAUAACCCCAGGCUCAGAGGCCACCCUGGUGCUAGUGGGCUGCACCUCCUUCCUAGAGCGGCCUGUGCUGGGUUUCGUGCGGCUGCAGGAGGCCUCAGAGCUGGAGGCCCUGAAGCUGCCAGUGCCUGUGCGCUUCCUCUUUGUGUUGCUGGGCCCCAAGAACCCCCACACUGACUACAUCCAGCUUGGCCGGGCCACUGCGACCCUCAUGUCAGAGAGGGUGUUCCGCACAGAUGCGUACCUAGCCCAGAACCGGGAGGAGCUGGUGCGCUCCCUGGAAGGCUUUCUGGAUUGCAGCCUGGUGCUGCCCCCGACGGAUGCCCCCUCUGAGCAGGCCCUGCUUGGUCUGGUGCCCGUGCAGAAGGAGCUGCUGCGGAGGCGCUAUCUGCCCCACUCCGCGAGGCCAGAACCCGACUUCUACAAGGAUCUAGACCUGAAUGGGGGCCCAGGGGGACCUGGUGGUCCAGAGGACCCUCUGCAGCGGACAGGCCGUUUCUUCGGGGGCCUGGUGCGGGACGUCCGGCGCCGCUACCCCUGGUACCUGAGUGACAUCACAGAUGCUUUCAGCCCCCAGGUCCUGGCUGCCGUCAUUUUCAUCUACUUUGCUGCCCUGUCACCUGCCAUCACCUUUGGCGGACUCCUGGGAGAAAAGACCGGGAACCAGAUGGGUGUUUCAGAGCUGCUCAUCUCCACUGCGGUGCAGGGCGUUCUCUUCUCCCUGCUGGGGGCUCAGCCUCUGCUUGUGGUUGGCUUCUCAGGACCCCUGCUUGUGUUUGAGGAAGCCUUCUUCUCGUUCUGUGUGGACAAUGGCCUGGAGUACAUUGUGGGCCGUGUGUGGAUCGGCUUCUGGCUCAUCCUGCUGGUGGUGCUGGUGGUGGCCUUCGAGGGCAGCUUCCUGGUCCGCUUCAUCUCACGCUACACCCAGGAGAUCUUCUCCUUCCUCAUCUCCCUCAUCUUCAUCUAUGAGACCUUCUCCAAGCUGAUCAAGAUAUUCCAGGACCACCCACUGCAGAAGCACUACAAUGUGACAGUGGACCCCCAACUCAAGGUUCCCCUGCCUAAUACAGCCCUCCUCUCCCUUGUGCUUAUGGCUGGCACCUUCUUCUUUGCCAUGAUGCUGCGCAAGUUCAAGAACAGCUCCUACUUCCCUGGAAAGUUGCGCAGAGUCAUCGGAGACUUUGGGGUCCCCAUCUCCAUCUUAAUCAUGGUCAUGGUGGAUUUCUUCAUCAAGGACACCUACACGCAGAAACUCAAAGUGCCCAAAGGCCUCACGGUAUCCGACCCUACAACUCGGGGCUGGGUCAUCCACCCGCUGGGCUUGAAUUCCCCCUUCCCCAUCUGGAUGAUGUUCGCCUCUGCCGUGCCUGCCCUGCUGGUCUUCAUCCUCAUCUUCCUUGAGUCCCAGAUCACCACGCUGAUUAUCAGCAAACCAGAGCGCAAGAUGGUCAAGGGCUCUGGCUUCCACCUCGACCUGCUGCUGGUCAUGGGCAUGGGCGGAGCAGCCGCCCUCUUUGGGAUGCCCUGGCUCAGUGCCACCACCGUGCGUUCAGUCACCCACGCCAACGCCCUCACCGUCAUGAGCAAGGCCAAAACCCCUGGGGCUGCAGCCCAGAUCCAGGGGGUCAAGGAGCAGCGGAUCAGUGGGCUCUUGGUUGCUAUGCUUGUGGGCCUGUCCAUCCUCAUGGAGCCUAUCCUGUCCCUCAUCCCCCUGGCUGUGCUGUUUGGCAUCUUCCUCUACAUGGGGGUCACAUCCCUCAGUGGCAUCCAGCUCUUCGAUCGCAUCUUGCUCCUGUUCAAGCCGCCCAAGUACCACCCGGAUGUGCCCUACGUCAAGCGGGUGAAGACCUGGCGCAUGCACCUGUUCACGGGCACCCAGAUCAUCUGCCUGGUAGUGCUCUGGGUGGUGAAGUCCACACCUGCCUCACUGGCUCUGCCCUUUGUCCUCAUCCUCACUGUGCCCCUGCGGCGCUUUCUGCUGCCGCUCAUCUUCCGGAAACUUGAGCUUCAGUGUCUGGAUGCCGAUGAUGCCAAGGUGAUAUCUGAUGAGAAGGAAGGUCAGGAUGAGUAUGAUGAGGUGCCCAUGCCCGUGUGAGGGGGGGCUCAGGCCUUGGGCCCCCCCUACCCCGCCAUCCCACUCCCCCAUCCCAGGAAAAACAGAAGUUCAAGGGCAUCUCAUGGAAUCCUAGCCCUUCUCCUGGGACAGCAGCUGAGGCCCCGGGACUGGGGUGGGGGGGGGUGCCUAGGAAACCUUCCACAAGGUUAGACUGGCUUUUCUGGCUGGAGAUGGCCAGAGAGGCCCACGUUACAUUAGGGGAUUCACCUGAUAGUGCCUCCUGCUGCCACACUGCCACAUGGGCAUCCCGUGCUGGAGGGCUCGGAUCUGAGCCUACCUCCUCAUGGCACAGAGAGGGGCGGUAGGAAGGUCAGGGGAUGGACUGGGGUUCAAGUUCCAGCUUGCUAUGUGACCUUGGGCAAGCACCUUGACUUCUCCAGCCUCUGCAUCCAUUCUGUAAAAUGAGUAUAUUGAUAAUAGUACCCAGGUUACAGCAUGGUUAUCAAGGACCAAAAAAUAUCUGAAACGACUAUUAUACUUUAGUCAGUAUUGUUCUUCAAGGCUGCCCAAGUUCACACAGCUCCUGAGCCCCACAGCCAGGGCUUAAACCAGGGCUCCUGACUCCCAAGCUAGACCUCUGUCCUCUACUUGAACAAUACACCUUCCCACGCUCAGAGAUGCCCUGCUGACUUCCUUCCUACACCCAGCCCCCACCCCGUGACCCCCUGGGGCCAGAGAGGAUAACCCAGCAAAUAGUGCCCAGAAGCUUGGCUCCACCCAGAGGGUGGAGUACAGGUGAGAAGACAAUCAGGGCUAGAACUCAGGACUCCUGAGCUCCUGAUCCCUCCCCCUUGCUCUGCAAAGGAUCUUGCAUUCAUUCAUUCUACCAACAUUUACUGAGGGCCCUGGGCCCUGGUGGACAUAGAGGUGUGAGGGAGACCCUGCCCUGUGGGGGGAGGGGAGACUCAGUCACAUCUAGAUUUGGAUGGGCGUGGGGGAGGGGAGGGGAAGAUAGGGGAAAGAUGGGGAGAUAGGCUGGGGAGCUGGGGUUGUAAUUUAUUAAUAAUGUAUUUUCUAAGAGCUUUCACCAUCUAAGAGCUUAACACACACACGCUCCCCCAAGCCCAUUCCAAGGUGAAUCUUGGGGCAAAGUCCUAUUUGACCUGGAGAGACAGUGGCUCUCCAGGACGCGAGGAGAAUCUAUUUUUUAAAAAAACAAAAACAUAAAAAGAGUUGAAAGAACUGGAAGUGGCGCAAGAUGGGGAAAACGCAGCACGAGUGUGUGAUGAAAAGAAAGGAGGCUGGAAGGCUCUCACCUGCAUCCCUGAAAGCUGAUGCCAUCACCCACUGCUUCACCACUUUUUGCCUCAGUUUCCUCAUCUGUAAAAUGGGGACAAUAAUGGUACCUACCUUGUAGGGUUGUUGUAAGGAUUAAAUGAGAUAAUGCAUGUAAAGGCUUGUUUAGCAGAGUUCCCCUAAGAAGAGCUCAACAAAUGUUAGCUGCUGGUAUUGUUAUUUUGAUGUCCCUUCCCCCUGCCCCACCCCAGCUCCUUGAAAAAAAAAAAAUUUUUUUUUUUUUUCCUUGAAGAUGGGGAAAAAAAGUCACCCACUUGGCUAGCUCCUUUCCUGUCAAUGCUUGGGAAUAUGUUUUGACAAUAAAUGCAUC